AUGUCGGACUGGAAGAACGACCUUAAUUUGCCCGCAAGGGAUCUCCGUCCGCAGACCGACGACGUGCUCAACACGAAAGGUAAUACCUUUGAGUCUUUCCAGCUUAAAAGAGAACUCUUGAUGGGUAUUUUUGAAGCCGGUUUUGAGAAGCCUUCGCCAAUUCAGGAAGAAUCGAUUCCGGUUGCGCUGAUGGGAAGAGACAUUUUGGCCAGAGCCAAGAACGGAACUGGAAAGACGGCGUCUUUUGUGAUUCCAGUGUUGGAAAAGUUGAAGCCCAAGGUGAACAAGAUUCAGGCAUUGAUAUUGGUUCCUACAAGAGAGCUGGCAUUGCAGACAUCCCAGGUUGUAAAGACACUGGGUGCACAUCUCGGUUUGCAGGUCAUGGUGACCACUGGAGGUACCAGUUUGCGUGACGAUAUUCUCCGUCUGAAUGAGCCUGUUCACAUUUUAGUGGGAACCCCUGGUAGGGUUCUUGAUCUUGCAAGUAGACAGCUUGCAAAUUUGGGUGAGUGCAGCAUGUUCGUGAUGGACGAGGCCGAUAAGAUGCUGAGUCGCGAGUUUCGCAGAAUCAUCGACCAGAUCCUCAAGUUUUUUCCACAGUCAUCUGGACCCGGUAAUGCAUACCAAUCGCUGCUUUUUUCAGCCACUUUCCCGCUGUCAGUAAAGUCUUUCAUGGACGAGCACCUCUACAAGCCCUACGAGAUCAACCUAAUGGAUGAGCUUACCCUUAAAGGUAUAACUCAAUACUAUGCUUUUGUCGAGGAAAAGCAGAAACUUCACUGUCUCAACACACUCUUCUCAAAACUUCAGAUCAAUCAAUCGAUCAUCUUCUGCAAUUCCACCAACAGAGUCGAGCUUUUGGCCAAGAAGAUCACGGAGCUGGAUUACUCGUGCUACUACUCGCACGCAAAGAUGCCACAGGCUUCCAGAAACAAAGUUUUCCAUGAGUUCCGCCAGGGUAAAGUCCGCAACUUAGUGUGUUCCGAUCUGCUCACGAGAGGUAUCGAUAUCCAGGCCGUAAACGUGGUUAUCAACUUUGAUUUCCCAAAAAACGCUGAGACUUAUCUUCAUCGUAUUGGUCGUUCGGGUAGAUUUGGCCACUUCGGUAUAGCAAUCAACUUGAUCAACUGGAGUGACAGAAUGAACCUUUACAAGAUCGAGAAGGAACUAGGCACCGAGAUCCAGCCCAUUCCAGCCGAGAUCGACAAGUCUUUGUACGUUGUGGGAGAGCCAAACUCCGUCCCAAGGCCAUUCAAGCUUGACCAUGUUCCAGAAGGAAACACCGUUGCUCCAAGACAGCAGAGAAGACCUCAGCACAAUGGAUACCAUGCCCAAAAUGGUGAGCAACCGGUUCAGCCCGUGCCAUCGCAGGUCCUGCCGGAAUACUGA